AUGCUCACCCGGGGGCUGAAGAGGAAGUGCUCGGAGGACGAGGCGCCUGCCGGCCCCCUGCAGCGCCAGUCGCUCCUGGACAUGUCGCUGGCCAAGCUGCAGCUGUGCCACAUGCUGGCGGAGCCCAACCUGUGCCGCUCGGUCCUCAUCGCCAACACGGUCCGGCAGAUCCAGGAGGAGAUGACCCAGGACGGGAGCUGGUGCCUGCCCGGGCCCCAGACUGCGGGCCGGUCGCCGCGUGACCGCCUGGUGUCCACGGAGGUUCUGUGCCGCCCGGCUUGGGCCGGGCCGGCCCCAGCCCCUGACCCAGCAGACCUGGCCUCUGCACUGCAGGCGGUCCCAGCAACACAGGUUCCCGGGUCCGUGCCGGGAGGCCCCUGGGACAGGGCCGUCCCCGGAGAGAGCCAAGGGGGCUUCCCCAGGUCGCUAGAUCAGGUGUUUGGAACACUGGAGAGCCACGGCCCCGGCGCGGUGGAGGAGCUGCUUUCCGACGUGGGCGGCUCCUACUGUGACCUGGAUGCCGUGCUGACGGGCGUGGUGGGCGGCGCCAAGUCAGGCCCGGAGGGGCUGGAGACCUUUGCCUCCGUGGCCGCCGCGCCCCGAGGUACCGGCUGCAAGGGGGACCUGGGCGAGCUGGACCACGUGGUGGAGAUUCUGGUGGAGACCUGA